AUGCCUUUUCCUAUCAACAAAGACACUCUCGAAAACUACCAAAAGAGUUUCAUACUUUUUGAUAAAAACGGUGAUGGGGAAAUCGAUGUCAAGGAACUCGUGCAACUCAUGCGUGCUAUCGGCCAAAACCCAUCUAUAGCACAAGCUGAAAACAUGAUAUUUGAAAUUGACAUUGAUGGUACAGGAACUAUCAACUUUGAAGAAUUUAUAACUCUCAUGGAACGUUUUGGAAAAGACCAAAAAGAAACAGAAUUACAAUUGCGAUCCGCAUUCCAGGUUUUUGACAAAAAUAAAGAUGGAUUUAUAUCAGUUCAUGAGUUAAAGGAAAUUUUGAUGAAUUUGGGCGAAAAAAUGACAGACAACGAGUUUGAAGAUUUAAUUGCGGAGGCUGACGUUGAUGGAGACGGUAGAAUAGAUUAUGAGGAAUUUAUUGCUAUGAUGACUAGAAAUAUAGGAUUGAUAUAA